AAUAUACACACACACAUAUGUAUAAACAUACGAAUACACGUGUAACUGGUUGGAAAGGAACAAAUCAGAUUACCGGAAUCUCUUGGUUUCCCUCACUCACUCUCAGAUAUGAAAAUCAAUCUAAAUCUAAACACUCUUGUUCACGCUUAGUUCCUUCAUAGAAUUCAACGAGUGCUGAUCGUAGUCGUCCUCGUUGUCCUCGUUGUCCUCGUUGUCGUUGUCGUUGUCGUUGUCGUUCUUCGUUGUCCAACGACGGUGCUGCCAAGUCUCGAUCGAAACGAUUCUGAACGAUCAGUUGCUGUUAGUGACGGUCAGUCGAUCCGUGGAAUUCAAUCGAUGCUUCUUCGUGUUGCUGUCUCAUAACGAAAAGAUUCUGAUGCCAGGAGGACACAUUAUAAUUUCAUUAUUUUACCCUAGUGAUAGUGUUUCGUCAACGUUCUAUUUUUAAAGGGAACGACGGAAAUAAAACUGUCGCGAUUUCUUUCAACCAUGCGUUUCGACGAACAAUUCUUUUCAACCCUUGAUACUGAUCUUGGCAUGGGCGCCGGUGCCGCAGGUGGCUCGGUUCUGGGACUUCCAGGUACCGGAGUGACCGGUGUCCUGUCUCAGCACUGUGCCAUAUGUGGUGAUCGAGCCACAGGGAAACAUUAUGGGGCUGCCUCUUGCGAUGGUUGCAAAGGUUUCUUCAGAAGAUCCGUUAGGAAAAAUCAUCUCUACACUUGCAGAUUCAGCAGGAAUUGCGUUGUGGACAAGGAUAAGCGUAAUCAAUGCAGGUACUGCAGACUUCGAAAGUGCUUUAAGGCCGGCAUGAAGAAGGAAGCCGUGCAAAAUGAGAGAGAUCGAAUAAGUUGUAGAAGGCCCAGUUACGAGGAACAAGCCAACAAUGCUAGCGGACUCUCCGUUGUUUCUUUAUUGCAAGCUGAAAUGCUCAGUAGACAAGUUGGGGCAGCCUUAGAGCUAGGCAGUCCGAGCAACGACAUCGAUCUCAGUACGAAGCAAAUAGCGAACAUAAACGACGUGUGCGAUAGUAUGAAGCAGCAAUUGCUGAUCCUCGUCGAGUGGGCCAAAUACAUUCCAGCGUUUAGCGAGCUCACGCUAGACGACCAAGUGGCGUUAUUAAGGGCGCACGCAGGCGAACACCUAUUACUUGGUGUAGCUAGGCGUAGCAUGCACCUUAAGGACGUUUUAUUGCUUGGAAAUAAUUGCAUAAUCACCAAGAAUUGUCCUGUGAUAUCAUUGUCAACAGAAGGACGUAAUCAGGAUUUGGACAUCAGCAAAGUUGGUGUGAGGGUAAUGGACGAACUCGUGAAACCAUUGAACGAGGUCCAAAUCGAUGACACGGAGUUUGCUUGUCUCAAGGCUAUCGUGUUUUUUGAUCCAAACGCGAAAGGUCUGAGCGAGCCUGGAAGGAUAAAACACCUCCGUUAUCAGAUACAAAUCAAUUUGGAAGAUUAUAUAAGUGAUCGUCAAUAUGAUAGCCGUGGUCGUUUCGGCGAAAUACUAUUGACGUUACCGGCAUUACAAUCAAUUUCUUGGCAAAUGAUCGAACAGAUUCAAUUCGUCAGAUUGUUCGGAGUAGCACAUAUAGACAAUCUUUUGCAAGAGAUGCUACUAGGUGGUGCGGCUGCCGAAUUGAACGGAAAUUCUACGCCAAUGCCAAUGUCAAAUGCUCCUGGAAGUUACGUAAGCAGUAACGAGAGUCCUAGUAGUCCUUUGACACCUGCCAAUGCCGGUGGUGGUCCAUUAAGUCCACAAGAUCAUAUGUUAGCUGCUGGUAGUCCUGUCAUUAUCCUUAGGGAUCUAACACCUAUUUCAUCGCAGGAAGACGUGACAACAGUCGCUGGUUUCAGAUUAUUCAAACAGGAACCCAGCCUUGAAACUGAAUCAACAUUCUGACUAGACGGAGAAGGAAUCAUAUCAUGACCUUCGAUAGAAUUUUAUCAUUGAUUCGAACAAAAAACAAAAAUUCGACUUAUCAAGGAAAAUAUGAUUAUAUCUUUCGUUAUUAUCAUCAUUUUUUUUUUUUUUUUUUUUUUUUUAUUACUAUUAUCGAUCAUCUAAUUUUCUUCUAAUCCUAUUGCAUAUAUAUUGUGUAUGUUGUAGGAUUGAAAUUCCGAUAACACUUUAAUUAUCGUUUUAAAAUCGUACGUGAGACCAGUCCACUUUGAUUGUGAUAAUAUGGAAAGUAACACGUCGAAUCGUACUUUAUAAAAUUCAUGAUUUUUUUUCUUUAUAUAUAUAUAUAUAUGUUUUUUAAAUUAUUAU